GGUUCAGAAACCAAGGGGCUAAACAAACUGUGAUGUCAGGAGUCACUGCGACGGAACAGGAACUCGACAGAUUUUUGGAGGAGAAAUGGAAUUUUUCACUAACAUUUCCAUUCAAUCCUUGCUGGCGAAUGCACCGACUUGAGAAAAUAUUUGCUCGUCUUCGACGAGAAACCCCGCUUCAUCCAUCUCCCUUGAAACGACUAUCAAGGUCACGUGACUUUAACAGCCGUACACUGACAGAUUUAAAGCCUGCGAGCUUUUGAAAGCUUUCUGAAGAUGGGGAUUUGUAUUUCAUCUCCAUCCUCGGACUACGAGAUGGAGCAUUACCUGGGCAGUGGCACCUACGGAGCGGUCGUCCAGAGCAAGAAACUGGCCACCAACGAGACGGUGGCUUUAAAAGUCAUCAAGAACAAGAGAUACAUGGAAAUAGCAAAGAAAGAGGUGGAGAUACUUCAGUACUUGAAGGGACUUGGCUCAGACAAGUUCAACAUCGUCAUGUUGAAUGACUCCUUCACCCAUGUGGGAUGUUACUACAUGGAGUUUGAGAAACUGGAUAUAAAUCUAACGGAUUUCUUGCGGAAGAAGCCACAUCGCUCCCUGGAACAAAAGGAAAUUUGUCCCAUCGUGCACCAGCUGGCCACAGCUCUGGACUUUCUUCAGAGUGUGGGGAUCGUUCAUGCAGACCUAAAGCCAGAAAAUAUCAUGAUUGUGAAUGAAGAACAAAAACCUGCGACGGUCAAAAUCAUUGACUUUGGUUUGGCGCUAAAAAAUCCAGAGGAGCAGAAAGGAGCAGUUCUUCAAACCCUUUGGUACAGAUGUCCAGAGGUCCUGCUGGGAGCUGCCUUUAGUGGAGCGAUAGAUGUUUGGUCCCUGGGUUGCAUUGUUGUGGAAAUGUUUACAGGUUCUGCUUUGUUCCCUGGAGAGGAUGAAAACGAAAUGAUGAAACGCAUUGUCCUCGCCUUUGGAAAUCCACCAGAAUAUCUGCUAAAUUCAGGCCUGAACACCAUGCAAUUCUUCAUCAAAAAUGAUGGAGAAGAGGAACCAUGUGGCCAGUGGACAUUGAGGAAAGACACUGAAAUAAGAAACGUAAACUGCAUUCCACAGAGGACUCUGAAUUUCCUCAACAUGUUGCGUGAAAACAUGUCAGAUGAAAAUGCAGGUGAAAGGGAGCGAGAUAGUUUUGUCAAGCUGGUAGCAGACAUGCUGAAGGUGGAUUCAGCCAAAAGGAUCUCACCGAGUGAAAUUCUUCUGCAUCCGUUUGUCGCCAAGAGCCGUCUGGCGGACAAUCGCAUCCAUGAGAAGUCCUCCAGCAGUGCUGGCAGUAAAACAAAAAUAGACCAAAAUGAUAACGCAGAAUCUGGAAACAGAAGCCCAGACGCCAUCCCAGCUAAAAGGAGAAAGGAAUGUGAGGAUGUGGAGAUGACAUGUCCACAGACGAGCCCAUCAAUGUCACCUUCACAGAAAUGACAAAGAGAUGAUGUUGUGACAUAGAUGAAAUCGGAUGAAACCUCAGCAAAGAAGAGGAGAAUAAACCGUAACACAGUGACCAAAGAGAGCAAAACUUGUUCUGCCUCAUCAUUUACAGUGGGAUCGCGACGUCAGGAAGAGGAGGAUGGACGAUGAAGAGGCUUCAGAAUCAGACAAAGCCUUCCCUGAUAAGAAAAGGAAGAGAGGCUGACUCUCUGGCUUUGGGGGGGAAAAAAAACUAUUUUUGUCGACAGUCGUCGCCUUAAUGCUUUCAGAUGGUCAUUUAAAUAAGAAACAUAAACUCUCUUCCUGCUGGCUCUUAUCCUCACUCAGACUUUUGACAAGUCUCUCGGACUGUGUGUGGGGCUUCUUUCUGUUUCAAAUGAUCAGGAAAUAACUUUGAAUGACUGAUCUGUAGUUCUUCCUCGGCCCCAUGUUGAACCUUUUGUUGACGAAGCACUCAACAUUGGAACAGUACUUUGUCCUGCAUUUCUUACGGCCGCAUAAGAAGUCCAACCUGCCUCAGGGGUCGAGGGUCAUCGAACAAUCCCACAUGGACAGAUGAUCGGUGUCGCUGGCCUUUCCUUCAUGCCCACAGGACUUGUACCGGGCAGCUAACACCUCUCUUGUCUACACACAUCCCUGACGUGAUGUGUCCGGCAAGGCAGUACAAAGCUCUAUAUGCAAAUAGCCGUACACCACAGAUGACUGCUGUUGUGAACUAGAACGAA